AACCAUGACAAAUACGUCUGAAUCAGACCAAAUAGCGUAGCUAACGCAAAAACCUACGCAUAAUUUGUUUCCUAAAGCUCAUGCCUGAUUUGAAUUAGAAUAUUUACGCUGUUUUUACGUAAGAGCAAACUGAAUGUUUCCUCCAACGUUCUACAAAGGAAAUGUUGCCAUUAUUGUCCUAAUCAAAGCAGACAUGAAGAAUAAAUAACGCCAAAUUGACUUAACUUCACCAUUGGGUGCCAUGGAGUUUCUCCCAGUUCUCGACCCGUUUGAUAGACCUAAAGAAGGAAUCUGGUAUUCAUUGAUACCAAGUGGAAGCACUCCAGGGGUUAGUGUGGGUCAUACCUGCACAUUUGUUCCCUCUGAAGAUGGAGGAAAAGGAAGAAUCGCUAUUGUUGGGGGAGCUAAUCCCAGUGGCAGUUUUUCAGAGUCAUAUGCUAUAAAUCUAGAUAAUCAUGAAUGGAUCACAUCUGACUGGAAAGGUUUAGAAGCCCGAUAUGAACACUGCAGUUUUGUGUCCGAAAGCUGUCCACAGUGCCUGUGGGUGUUUGGUGGGGCACAGCAAACGGGGAAUCGCAAAUGUAUCCAGAAACUACAACUUUCUGACAAGGAGCCUCAGUGGAAAAAUGUAGAAGCAAAAGGGGAGCUUCCCAGUCCCAGGACGUACCACACCAGCUCAGCCUGCUUAGGGGACAAACUGUAUGUGUUUUCUGGUGGGGAAGUAGGCGCUACACCCGUCUCAGACACCAAACUUCAUGUGUUUGAUACAGUUUCUUCCACUUGGUUUCAGCCAGAAACACAAGGCAGGCAACCAGCAUCCAGACACGGACACGUCAUAGCUGCUGUUGGCUCGAAGAUUUAUAUUCAUGGAGGCAUGGCUGGAGAUAAGUUCUUCAAUGACAUGUAUUCUCUUGACUCAGGGAUCAUGAAGUGGGAGAAAGUGCAGUCAAAAGGAGAUAUCCCACCAGGCGUUGCAGCCCAUUCGACUGUGGUACAGGGUGCAAACAUCUAUAUAUUUGGAGGGUUGACUGUAGAUGGUGCCAUCAACUCAAUGUACAGAUUUAAUACUGAGAAGAGCAGAUGGACCCUAAUGAAAUUUGAAGGAGAUUUGCCACCAAACCGCCUGGACCACUCCAUGUGUUUAUUGCCAUGGCAGCUGUGUAGGGAGAGGAAUGCAGAUGGGACGAAGAACAAUGGUCCAGACUUUGAGACGAUCAAUCUGGCUUUUGCAUUUGCAGGAAUGGACACACAUGGCGUUAUUUAUAAUGACUGCAUUGUGACUGUUGUCAAGUGAACCUUUAUUGCAAUUCGAGGUUCAUGUCAGUUUCUGCAAAUUCCAGAAGUCAGACUGAUUUUUAGAGCUGCCUGUAUGUUUAACUCUGACAGCUUAUUACAGAGUGACAACUUUUACAUGUAGGUUUCAAAUUUCAAUGUUCAACUUUCAGAGUUAAUAGAAGCCUUUUAAACUAUUCACCAUUAAAAUUCUUAUUUUUUGCAGGAUGACAGUUUCAAGUACAAUUGUAUUCUGUUGCAAAUGUCAGUUUUAAUCACUUUGAUCCCAUUAUGUAAAAUUUGGGCACACGAGAUUAUAGCCAUAAAUUAACACUGUGUGCCAACCCUGAGUUUUGUGUUGAAAUAAAUCCUAUCCAACAAAUAUCAAAUUAAUGAGACCACCAGCUAAUAGUUUGUAUGAAACAUUUAUUUCAGUGUCUUUCCAGAAAUACAAUAAAUAACUUUGAGCAUU